AUGAGCUCGUCGAAGCGCAUGACAGCGCAGCCUUCCCGACCAGUCGCUCGAUACCGACCUGGGAAAGCGAUUCACGAGGAGUCUUCGGACGAGGACGAAUCCGAGAAAGAGCAACAGGCUGUGCCUCCGACGAAAACAUCGGCGCCGCGCCCACAGAAGCAGAGACCUCCGCCAAAAACUACCACGCAAGAGGACAGCGACGAGGAAGGCUUCGUGACAGAUGACGACGAAGACGCUGACGGAGGCGCAUUUCUACCUUCACAAUACCUCACGGCUGCAGCUAGGCCAGCUGCUACGUCUCAACGCCCACCUCCAACAGCCGGCGACUUAGAGUCAGAGGCAGAACCAGAGGAGGACUCCGAAGAAGAAUCAGGCUCCGACUCUGAUUCCUCCUCCGUAAGGCUGACCGCACUAUCAACGGCAAAACCCCUACCGAUACCCACACGCCAACCCCAGCCCCUCUCUCAGCCUCCACUCCAGCGCCCGAACUCGGCGAAGAGGUUCGCGCCCGCCGCCUCGCCGAAACCGACUUUGCCAUCUCCGAAAAGAUCAACCGCGACACGCGCCCGCGCUCUCGGCCGUCGCGCCUGGGACGACGACGACCCCAACCUCGACCCCUCCGCCCUAAUCGACGACACCGACGACCUCGACCCGGCCGCCGAACACGCCGCCUGGCGCCUCCGCGAACUGCACCGCCUAAAACGCGACCGCGAUCUACUCAUCGCCAAAGAGAAAGAAAUCGAAGAAGUCGAGCGCCGCCGGAACCUCUCCGCGGCGGAACGCGAAGCCGAAGACCGCGCACACCUCGAUGCCCAGAAAUCAGAGAAGGACGGGCGAGCACAAGCUGGCUUCCUAGCGCGGUAUCACCAUAAAGGCGCCUUCUUCCAGGAUACAGCAGAUGCAGAGGCACUGAGGAAACGAGAUCUCAUGGGUGCGAGAUUCGAGGAUGAAGUCGACAAGAGUGCGCUGCCGGAGUAUAUGCGGAUACGGGAUAUGAAUAAGUUAGGGAAGAAGGGGAGGACGAGGUAUAAGGAUUUGAGGGAGGAGGAUACCGGUGGGUUUGCGAAUGAUGUGAGGCAUUGGAAGGGGGCUAUGGGCGCUGGUGGACCCAGGCGGGACGGUGGCAACGAUGGAAUGGACUAUCGGAGCAUCGACGCACGAUUCCUACCAGACGAUGACCGCAGACAAGGUGGAGGGCCGAUGUCCUCGGGCGCGAAUAAUGCGCCGUUGGGCGUGCGAAGACCGCCGCGGCGGAGGUCGAGGUCGACAUCAAGGUCGAGAUCCCCAACAAGGUACGACAGAGACGGCGACUCAUACAGAGCACGACGAAGAUCAUCAUACUCACGCUCACGCUCAAGAUCACCACCAGCAAGACGGAAACGGAGCGCUUCACGCGACCGCUACCGCGACUACGAGGAUGGGGAUAAGCGGAGGAGGGUAGAGGCACGAUAA